GCUACAUAAAAGGUAGAGUAAAUUGUCCCGCUAACACAUUGUCUGCCUCUCCUUUGACUGCUUGUCCUUUGAUUCUGCCUGCUGCAUUUUAGCAAAGUAUUACCACUUGUCUACAAUGUCUCUUCGGAUUUCUACUGCAUCCCGGAGAAUUUCUUCCCAUGUUGGGGGUGAUGGAGGUGUCAAAAUGUCAAGCUUUGGAGGAGGCAGUCUGCAUGGCUUUGGUGGAGGGUCCAUGGCAGGUCUGGGUUAUGGGGGGCUAGGCUACGGAGGAGGUGCAUGUAGUGGCUACAGUGCAUCUGGUUUUGGUAGUGCCUCUGUGGCAGGUGGUGGCUAUGGAGCAGGCUACCGCUCUAGUUCAGCCCUGGCUUUGGGAGGUGGUUUUGGGGGCGGUGAGAGUGUCCUUCUGGCUGGUGCUGAAAAGGAAACUAUGCAGAACCUUAAUAACCGCCUAGCAAACUAUCUGGAAAAGGUGCGUUCUCUGGAGGAGGCCAAUACUGAGCUUGAGCGUAAAAUUCGUAACUGGUAUGAGAAAAAUGGACCUGGAGCUCCUGGAGUGACCCGUGAUUACAGCAAAUAUCACCACAUAAUUGAAGAUCUUCGGAACCAGAUAGUCAACGUGACAACUGAAAAUGCCAAUGUAGUCUUACAGAUUGACAAUGCCCGCCUUGCAGCUGAUGAUUUCCGAUUGAAAUUUGAAAAUGAGCUCUUCCUUCGCCAGAGUGUUGAAGCCGACAUCAAUGGGCUGCGAAGAGUUCUUGAUGACCUGACCAUGAACAGGUCUGACCUGGAGACACAGCUUGAAAGCCUCUCAGAAGAACUGGCUUACCUUAAGAAGAAUCAUGAAGAGGAAAUUAACUUACUGAAGAGCAGCUGUACUGGUGAUGUGACUGUGGAAAUGAACGCUGCUCCGGGAAUAGACUUGACGAAGCUCCUGAAUGACAUGAGAGCACAGUAUGAAGACCUGGCAGAACAAAAUCGCAGAGAGGCUGAAGAACAGUUUAACAAGAUGAGUCAACCACUGCAGCAACAAAUCUACGAUGACGCCGGUGCUGUAAACUCAGCCAGGAAUGAGUUAAUAGAGCUGAAACGCUCUUUCCAAGCGCUGGAAAUUGAGUUGCAAUCCCUCCUGGCUAAGAAAGCCUCACUAGAAGGCACCUUGUCAGAAACUGAAGGGAACUACAGCACUCAGCUUGCACAGCUACAACACCAAGUUAGCGGCCUGGAGGAACAGCUGCAGCAGAUCAGGGCUGAAACAGAGUGCCAAAAUUCAGAGUAUCAGCAACUCCUAGGCAUCAAGACUCGUCUGGAAAUGGAAAUUGAAACAUACAGGCGCUUGCUGGAUGGGGAAAGUUUCCGAUCUGCAUAUGAAACAAAAGUUCACGUCAGAGAACCCACUAAAACCAGGGUGGUUAAGACCAUUGUGGAAGAGAUGGUGGAUGGCAAAAUAGUCUCUUCUCAAGUGAAAUCAGUUGAAGAAAGGGCAACUAAGUGAGUGGUGUAAACAAGAAAUUUGGGGACCCGCCAGCAAAGGAGAACCCAGAAGAAUAUUUUCUGAAACCAGAACCAAUUGCAGCUUAGUAAUUUCUUGCAAACAAUGAAUCUACAAAAAAAAAUGUGCUUUUCUUCUCACUAUCUGGAGGUGUAUUCUUUUUUUACAGCACUGAGAACUACAUUGUUUACUCAUGCAACGCAAUAAACUUUCUAACUUGCAAGAUA